AACCGAAAGUCUCAGCCCUCGUACUCCUCGUACUCUCGUGUUCAUUACGAGCGAUACUCUAUACCCAUAGCGAGGGCACUCACCAGGGUAAUCACGCAUCUCUGACGCUCUUUGCUACUGUGGUUCUUCUUGGGUACUCCGGUCAAUCGGCAAACCCCGUAUCAUCCGCUGAAGCCUGGCUAACCGGCGAGCGGGCACAGCACAGCGUAUUAUAUCAUCAAGCAAGCUGAAGACCUGACGCGGCAACGGAGUGACCAGGGCAGCAUCACAUCAAGGCCCACCGUCUUAUCCACUACUGAUUGUGGCUCUUACUCCACCCUGUGUCAUGCUUGUCAUUAUUGCCAUCGUUCGACAUCUUUUCCCGGCCCGCGAAGAGCCUAUUGCUGCUGCUCUUCGCCAAUCGAAUCCCUUCCAGAACCAUUACAUUUGCUCACGGGUACAGUCAUUUUCUCACUCGAAGCGGUCGCCGAGCACAAACCCAUGAGCAGCUCUUCAUUCAGAAACUUCCGUUUUGCUUUCUUUCUUUCGUUCUCACCUCGUGCAGGAAGCAACUCUCCUCCCAUUUGAUCAGCCAGCAGUGAUGAGGGAUGCCAUCCUGGUCUACGGCACGCUCUAAGCCGAUCUAGCUGCGGCAGUUUCCCACUAAAGAUCCGAUACUGCUGGAUUCGGUGAGUAGCAGCCAAGCCAACCCGCAACUGCGGAGUCGGCACGCCUGGUCGUUCCUCUUGCCCUACAUUCCAUCACCUCUGGGCAGGCCUACGAUGCUUAGAUCUAUCCUCUCUGCAAUACAUGUACACACACGUUGCGAAUCGUCAGAUUUCUAACAGAUGAAGAUUCACAGUCAACCGAAGAUUCAAGACCUCUCCAAGUCCUUGACCGGCACCCCUCAAGCCGUCGACAUUGUCGCUGAGUCUACGCAUCCGAUUCACCGAGGGCUAAGCAGGUCAGUCCGUGAAGCUGGCUUUCUCACGAGACCACGCAAAACGUUUCUUUCGAUUAUCUCUUCCACCGGCAUCUACACAAGCAGUCACUUUACGGCCUGUGCCUCCUGAUCAAGGCUCACGAAGGGGUUCGGUGCAGUCGGGGGAUAUGGUGUUUGCCGAUACGGGUAGACGUUCUCCGGAACGCAGGGGGAGAAGUUCGAGUAUAAUAAGCGGUCCUGUCAGUGGGAUGGUGCAUCGACCGCGACUCGAGAACGAAGUUCGAAAUGCCUCGACUCAAAGAGCGAAAGCCGAUGCUGUGUUGAACAUAACCAACCUUUCCGACGAGAAACCGAUUGCCAGCGGGAAUGGCGUUUCUGUCGCAGUUGCGUUGGCUGAACCUGUCCUAUUUCUUCAAGGCUACGAUGCCAAUGACCCAUCAACACACAGCACAACUAUGCUUCGUGGAAGUCUCGUGCUGCGGGUCACCAAGCAAGCCAAACUGAAGUCAAUAUCCCUGAACUUUCGCGGCAAGUCUGAAACAGAAUGGCCAGAGGGCAUCCCGCCCAAGCGAGUAGAAUUUCGAGAUACGACGACAAUAAUGAACCAUACCUGGUCAUUUUUCAACGCCCAAAUUCCCUCGGCCGAGUAUAGCUACGGUGCGGAUAUCGUCCAGCUGAACAAAGGUCCCUCAGUCGAGUCUAAGGAGCUUGGAGUUACAUCCUCUUUCGAUUUGUUCCAGCGCAGCGCCUCGCCUGCGAAGCCUGCACCCACCUCACGCGAGAUAAAGCGGCUGUCGCUACAAGCGAAUCACUCGCGAAGUUUUGGGAAAGGUGAUACCAUCAACGGCGGACCUACUGUUGCCCAAAAAGGCUUCAAGGUAUUCCACCCUGGAGACUACAUUUAUAAUUUUGAAUUACCUUUAGACUCUCGUCUCCCUGAGUCGAUCAACGUGGAUCUAGGACACGUCAAAUACGAACUCGAGGCAUUGGUUGAGCGUUCUGGUGCCUUCCGAGCAAAUUUGGUAGGCACCAAAGAACUGACCUUGAUAAGAGCGCCUGCCGAAGGGUCGCUCGAGCAGGUCGAACCAAUUGCUAUUUCACGCAACUGGGAGGAUCAACUUCACUAUGACAUCGUCAUCUCCGGAAAAUCUUUUCCAUUAGGCUCGACUGUGCCCAUUGCUUUCAAAUUGACACCCUUGGCAAAGGUGCAAUGUCACCGGAUCAAGGUGUUUGUCACAGAAAAUAUUCAGUACUUCACCAAUAACAAAAAAGUCCACAGGCUGGAGCCGACCAGGAAGGUCCAGCUGUUCGAGAAACGGGCAGACGGGCAUAGCGUUUCGUCGUAUCCUGGAAGCUCUAUGCGCAUCCUUGCUGGUGGGGGCGUCCCAUACGAUUAUCGCUCCGCGGCAGCACGCGGCGAAGAGGACAUCCCUAGAGACCAAACCAAUCUCCUAGGGAACCUCGACAACGAUGCUGGAAGCAUCGGACCAACCGAAAUGGAGUUCAACGUCCAACUACCAAGUUGUCAUCAGAUGAAGGACAAGCUGCGGAGCGAGCGUUUACAUUUUGACACGACGUACUCUAAUAUCCAGGUUAAUCACUGGAUCAAGAUUGUGAUGCGCCUAUCUCGCCCGGAUGAGAAUGACUCCGCAAAACGACGUCACUUCGAGAUCUCUAUUGAUUCGCCAUUCAACAUUCUCUCUUGUCGUGCCACUCAGGCAAAUAUAUCGCUCCCAGCUUAUGACGCAGGUGGGACAGCACCUACGCCGGCUGACGAGUUCGAGUGCGGCUGUCCAGGUGCUGCUUUGAGAAGAAGAAACACACCUCCGGUUUCUCAGAAUCGAGUUCCACAAAUCAAUACUCAAGUAGGUAAUGGACCUGGGGCCGGUGUGCAGAGGAGCUGGACCAAUGACUCCGGUGGGCUCGCAAUGCCCUCCCAAGCACAUAUGGCCAACGACUCCAAUACCGCACAGCCAAGACCAAUGCAUUUGCUGCGAGCACCGUCCUUCAAUCCACCCGCUUUCGAUGAGGAUGAGCCUCCACCACCAUUGGUCACCCCUCCUCCGUUAUACGAUAACAUCGUGCCUGGAGAUUCCAACACUGCUUUGGCCGACUAUUUUGCCCGACUUGCUGACGAGACUUCUGAUGAGGACGAUCGGCUGGAUCGAUCACGCGUGGACUAUCCUCUCACGCCUGGGGGGCGACUCAAUAGGAGUAUGGAUAUUCCCAGAACCUGGCCACCUCUAGGCUCGAGCUCGAACAACCCACAGCCCUCAAAUCUUGUAACGUCGACCUCAGUUGCGCAAUAACUCAUGAUAUAGUACAUUGUAAUUUCAGGCUUCGACAGCAAACGACAUAGGAACGACUGACGACUCUAACGGGCUUUUGUGAUGAAGCGCAGGCGAUGCAUCUGGACCCACUGGUGCUGAAUGGUAUUUGAGAUUCUUACAGAUAUUGUGGCAUUGACAUUCGAUCUCGGAGAGAUUCUGAUCGAAUCCAUUGAGACAGGUGGAACGUUUUUGAGUUGAGGUAUCCGUAUAGCCUGCGAAAAUAUUGAUCUGUAAACAUUUAGCUUCCGCAACGCAAUUGAUUGUAAUUACGGUAUUCUUUACCACACCGUGCC